AUGAACAAAUUAGUUUUAAUUAUUUCUCUUGCUGCUCUCUUAGGAGUUGCAACUGUUUUGACCUUUAGCAAAUCUUAAUAAUCCUUAGAAAAAAUUAAUGUUCUUCCUACUUGCUUAGAAAUAUAACUUCCUUAAUCUCAUUAAGAUGAUUUCUACUACGCUUCAAAUGAAUGCGUAAACAAAAUGAAGUUCUUCUUUGGAAUUCAAAAGAAAAACAAAGAGACAAUUGAUAUUGAAACUCCUUGUUUGAGUGCUAACUAAUCAUUUAAGCUAAACUACGAAUCUGGCGAUAAUAUGUUAGAUGCUUAUUCUAAAGCUUGUUGA